GCGCCACUUGCUUUGUUAUCAACUUGUCAUACGUGUCAGUCUCUCCUUCCACAGUGUCGAUUAAGCACGUAUUUUGAUUUGUGCUCUCUACAUCAAACACGUUAAGAACUUGACGAUUGUCACGCUCCGGUGAACGUUUCGAUCUUUAAUUUGUUACGAGUACUAAUAACAAACAUUAGUACACAAUCAAUCGGCCACUACAUUUGUCUCCUCAGGCUGUUAUUUCAAGCCACCCGAUUUAUAGAGCGAUGUCUAUAAUGUCAGAGGAAGCUGUCAUUCGAUGCGAAUGGACAAUCAACGAACGACCGGAAAGGGGUGCUAUCUGGAUGUCAAAUUUGGUGCCGUUUCACGCCGACAAUUGUUUCCGUUUCGGGCUGAAACAAUCCACUAUGACGCUGUACUUUAUCAACGUUUACCCAUGCAAAUCGGGAUUCAAAAUCUCGCACGUCUACCUCAUCGCUCCCGGUGUCAACGGCGAAGAAAUGACACUGAGAACCGAUCCCAACGAGCCGGCCAUUCAAAUGUUCACGUUCGUCCUCGAAGGCUAUUCUCAUACCGACGUCCUGACGUCGUACAAUUUCUACAUCCACGUCGUCAAGACGAUCGAUGAUUACAGUUAUCAGCCAGUUGAUACUCGAAUGGGGGGCGAGUAUUGGGCAGCUGCCAAAGAGAAGCUCUUCACCGAUUUUGAAUUCCUGGUUGGAGAUCGUGUCUUUCCGGCCCACAAGGGCAUCGUUGCUGCACGAAGUCCCGUCUUUGCUGCCAUGUUCAAAGCGGACAUGGUGGAAGCAAGGACGCAGCAGGUCAUCAUCGAAGACAUUGAGCCUUCUGUGUUCGAAGAAUUUCUCUAUUUUGUCUACACUGGACAAUUGAGGCAAUCGGCAGCCGACGUGAAAGUUGUUGAUGGCAGCCGACAAGUAUCACGUCGAUACUUUAAAAAGCCUGUGCGUGAUGGCAACAGCUAAGGAUUUGGAUGCUGAUCAUUUGUCAGCACUAGUCAUGAAAAUCGAAUAAAAGCGAAAUAAUUGCGCAGAGGACGCAUCAAAUUGUUGUGGAAGAUCGUUAUCAUCUUCCUUCCAGAGAUCUAUAUGAAUGUAAGUGUUAUUGUUUUCAAAUAUUUCUAUUUGUUACUCGUAAAUAUUGGAGAAUUAUUUUUCUAUUUUUUUUUUUUUUUUCUUUGGCUUCUCUUUGUGUUAAUAAUUUAAAGCGGAGUUUAUGUUGUUUUUGAAAGAUUAUAUAUUUGAAGUACUGUAUCGUAAAAAUUCACCAAAUACCUAAAAAUGUACUCAGAAAAUCGUGAAAUGGCCGUUAAGGUGUUUGCCCUGUCCAUAGCCCAAGAAACUUUAAAGAACAACAAAAAAAUGUUUUAAAUCAAAAAUUACUUUUUGGGGGUGUAUCGGGACCAUCGUCAGGUUACUAUCGUGAGUAUACGUAAAGAGCUCCAUCGAAACUAGCGUCGUGAUUGCAAUCACAUGUUUUCGUUACUAGGCAAGAGACUUGUGGUUUUAUUCCCUUGGAUUUCCAAUCAUUCCAUUGGAGUUUAACUAUUGUUUUACUUCCUCUAGCUCAUACAGAGAAUAGGUGGGAUGGUCACGCGAUCUCGGAAAUCACGCGUUCAUUUCGUCGUGUACAGGGAUUUUGAGUUGUGUUCCAAAAAAACUGAUUUUUACCAGUUUGCAUUUCCACUUUUCGUAUUAGGGACGAAUGUUUAACUGCCUAAACUCAAAGAAACAUUUAAUUAUAGAG